AUGAUGAGGUGGAUCGUGUUGCUGUCUGUGUGUCUACAUGUCAUCUCUGCGACGUUUGAUUACAUCUAUGAGGAGCACUCCUUUAUGGACCCGGAGGAUGUGCUGAGUGUGAGCAUUCCUCUGGAGGAACCACAGCGACCUCUACUGGGAGCAACUAUCGUACUGCCAUGUUACUUUGAGGACCACACUGUCCCAGACCCCGGAGCCCCCACCAUAGCUCCCCUCGCUCAUCGCAUCAAAUGGAGCCUCGUCACCAAAGAAAAAGUCACGACUAUCCUGGUGGCCUUGGAAGGAGAGGUGCGCAUCAGCGAGAGCUACCUGGACAGAGUUCACCUGGUGGGAUACCCCAUGACCUCUACAGACGCCAGUAUCAAGAUAUCUGAGCUGAGGUCCAGUGACUCGGGGGCCUUCCGCUGUGAGGUUCAGCACGGCAUCGAGGACAGCCAUGACACCGUCCACGUGCAGGUUCAAGGUAUUGUGUUCCACUACCGGGCCAUCAUGGGACGCUACAGUUUGACUUUUGAGAAGGCGACAGCAGCAUGUGCACAGAACAAUGCGGUCAUGGCUUCACCUGAGCAGCUUCAAGCAGCCUACGAUGAUGGAUUCCACCAGUGUGACGCCGGCUGGCUGUCUGAACACACAGUCAG